GAAAAUACUGCUCUAAAGCGGAUAUUACCGUGAUACCGGGGUUAGAAGUUCUCUCUCACAGCCAUCUUGGAUAUAGCAUCCCAAGUCGCAACCAUGCCUGGUGAAGCCACAGAAACGGUCCCAGUCACCGAACAGGAGAUGCAGCAGCCUCAAGUGGAGACUGCUUCCUCCCAGCAACCUCAGGCAGCUUCUGGCCCUGCCAAACCUAAAGGCAAAGGUGCCAAGAGUGCGCAGGGUUCUUCUGCCCCAAAGGCUGUCCCUGGCAGAAGAAAACGAUCCUCUAUGUCUGCCUCUUCCUCUUCUCCUACCUCACCAAAAUCUGCUCCCUCUACCCCCUUGUCACCUGUUAUAUCUCCCCUAGCCUCUUCACCUGCUAGCUCUUCUGCUAAUCAGGCUAACCGUUCCACCCCAAAGGUUGUCAAGGCUGGCAAACAAGGAAAAGCUAAGAAAGGAGAGGCAUUUGUGCCUGCUCCUGCCCCUGAGGGGUGCAAGGUCACUGCCGCCAAUGAAAAACCAAUACAGGCGAGCCCCAAGCAAACUGUAGUUGAAGCUAAACCUGCUCCAGCAGAGACAAAGAAACCCUCACCAGCGGCUACAAAGCCUGUAGCAGCACCAGCUGCUUUCAAAGUUACCUCAAAGCCUGCUGUAGCAGCACCAGUUUCAUUUUCAGAUACUCUUGCUUCUAGCCCUCCCAAGUCAUUUGAAGUUAAGGUAGCUUCAUCAAAAGUGGCAGAUGAUGAUCUUCCUCCACUGAUCCCACCUGAGAAGCCAAUUAAAAUGCCUGUAUUCGUGCCCCCUGUUAAAGAGGGUGCCGUUGAGGCUGUUAAGCCAGCUGUUGAGGCCAAACCUGCUCCUGUUGAGGCUGCCAAGCCACUUGCAAAGGCCAAACAGGAGGCUGCUAAGCCAGCUGUUAAACCAGCUCCUGUUGAGACCAAACCAGCUCCUGUUAAGGCUGCUAAACCAGCUGUUGAGGCCAAACCUACUCCAGUUGAGGCUGCUAAGCCAGCCGUUGAGGCCAAAGCAGCUCCUGUUAAGGCUGCUAAGCCCGCUGUUGAGGCCAAAGCAGCUCCUGUUAAGGCUGCUAAGCCCGCUGUUGAGGCCAAAGCAGCUCCCGUUAAGGCUGCUAAGCCCGCUGUUGAGGCCAAAGCAGCUCCCGUUAAGGCUGCUAAACCACCUGCUCAGGUCAAACCUGCUCAAGUUGAGGCUGCUAAGCCAGCUGUUGAGGCCAAACCAGCUCCUGUUGAGGUUGCUAAGCCAGCUGUUGAGGCCAAACCAGCUCCUGUUGAGGCUGCUAAGCCAGCUGUUGAGGCCAAACCAGCUCCUGUUAAGGCUGCUAAGCCAGCUGUUGAGGCCAAACCAGCUCCUGUUAAGGCUGCUAAACCACCUGUUGAGGCUAAAACUGUCCCUGACAAGGCUCCUAAACAAGUUGAAGAAACUAAAGCUGCUGCUGCUGCUUCUAAGACUGUAAAACCAGAUGUCAAAUCUGCCCCUGUUGAGGUUGUCAAGCCAGCUGCAGAACCUAAACCAGUUUCUGCUGAGAUUUCCAAGCCAGCUCCUGUGAAGGGUGCCAAGGAAGUUACUGAGGCCAAAUUGGUUGAGGUUCAGGCCGCACCUGCUGAGGUUGCCAAGCCUGCCAAACCACUAGCUGAACCUUCAACUGCUCCCUUAAAACCCGUUCCAGUUGAGCCUGUUGAGCCUGCCGUUCCUGCCCCAAUUCCCCGUAAACUCACAUUUGCUGAGGCAGUUGCAAAACCUGCCCCUGUUAAACCUGAGGUUGAGGUAAUCGGUACAGCUCCUUCUGAACCUGUCUCAUCACCCAAACCUGCCCACACACCUGCUAAAACACCAGCCAAAGUGGAGCCUGUGAUCAAGAACGACAAGGGCUCCGGCACUGAGUCGGACAGCGAUGACUCAGUCCCUGACCUGGAGGAACAGGACUCUGCACAGACACAGACACAGCAAGCUCAGCUUGCAGCAGCCGCUGAGAUAGAUGAGGAGCCUGUCAGCAAAGCCAAACAGAGCCGCAGUGAAAAGAAGGCGCGGAAGGCAAUGUCAAAGCUUGGUCUCAGGCAGGUAACAGGGGUCACCAGGGUUACGAUUCGCAAGUCAAAGAACAUCUUGUUUGUCAUCACCAAGCCAGAUGUCUACAAGAGCCCUGCAUCAGACACAUACAUCGUCUUCGGUGAAGCUAAGAUUGAAGAUCUUUCCCAGCAAGCCCAGCUGGCUGCCGCAGAAAAAUUCAAGGUACAGGGAGAAGCUGUAUCAAACAUCCAGGAAAACACACAGACGCCAACAGUACAGGAGGAGAGCGAAGAAGAAGAGGUUGAUGAGACCGGAGUUGAGGUCAAGGACAUUGAACUCGUCAUGUCACAAGCCAACGUGUCGCGGGCGAAGGCUGUACGCGCCCUGAAAAACAACAACAACGACAUUGUCAAUGCUAUUAUGGAGUUGACAAUGUAAUGGGACCCUGUCAACAAAGAGUUGAAGAAAGGUUGCUGAUUUAAUCUAAACUCGUUUAUACAAUUUAUACCCAAGAUGGAAAUAAAGUUGUGGCUUGAUCAAAUGAAA